AUGUCCAAGUUACAAAGACAAGGCUAUGAUGGAGCUAGUAAUAUUAGAAGUGAGUUAACUGGUCUUAAAACAAAGAUUUUGAACAAAUACCCUCAAGCAUUUUAUAUUCAUUGUUUUGCACACCAACUUCGACUAGCUCUUGUAUUCGUGGCAAAGGAAAAUGAGGAUGUUGCCAAUUUCCUCAUUGAUGCUAGUAGUUUGGUGAAUCUUAUUGGAUCAUCAUGUAAGCGUCGUGAUGCAUUUAGAGAGAAACAACAAGAACAAAUUCAGAAAGCUCUUGAUCUUGGUCAUCUUGAAACUGGAAAAGGGUUAAAUCAAGAAAGUAGUCUCAUGCGUCCAUGUGAUACAUUGUGGAACCCUCAUUAUGGUACUAUAGUUAGUAUUAUUGUUAUGUUUGAAGCCGUGGUGGAGGUGGUUGAAUGGAUUAAAAGUCAUCACAACCAAGAUAAUCUUGGUGAAGCAACUAGGUUAUUCAAAGACAUACAAACUUUUGAUUUUGCGUUUCACCUUUUCUUGAUGAGACGUAUAUUGGGAAUUACAAAUGAGUUAUCACAAACAUUGCAAAAGAAAGAUCAAGAUAUUAUGAAUGUGAUGGUGUGA